AUGAAGUGUGUGCUGAAGAGUUACAAGAAAACUGGCUCACAUAAAGCCACAGUACAGUUGGGCAGACCUCCAAAGCUAGACAAGAGAGAUAAAAGAGAGAUUCUACUUGAGAUCAGUCAAGAUCCAACACAUCCAUUGACCAAGAUUAGCAAAAACUUGAUCACACCUGUGUCAGACAAUGCACUCAGAAAGUUUUUGUGUAGUGUUGGUAUUUACUCUCUCAAGAUGAUUUGUAAGCCAAAGGCUUUGAAAAGCAAUCAGAAGCAAUUGCAAUGUAUUUCUGUCAUCUGGUCUGAUGAGUCACGAUUCCAGCUCUACAAGAAUGAUGGACGUAUAAGAGUUCUCAAGAAGAACAGGUCAGGCUUCAAGUCCAGUUUUGUCUCACCAACUAUGAAGUUUGGAGGAGGUGCUAUUAUGGAAAGGGUGUUGGAGUUUUAG